UCUGCGAGAAUCUGCAGCUUUCCAGGGCAAUUAUUUUUUUUUGGUUUAAGCUGAAGGAAACUAACGUCUAUGCUAAUUGUUGGUGAUAUUUCGUCUGCAAACCUGAAUGUAGCCAUAAUCUUUUGUUUUUUACGUCGGGAGAGAGAGAGAAACGUUCGUGAUAGAUAUAUUUGUGUCUGAUUCAACAUUGGAUUCAUGGUGGAGAAACUUCCCGGGAAACACCUUCUGAUUGGGUUCUCAGGGAUUAUCUCUAAUGUUUCAAGGAUAAUCUAACCAGAUUUGGACGUAACAAUGGCUGCUUUGGGGUCGCUCGUCUGGGUAGAAGACACAGAUGAUGCCUGGAUAGAUGGAGAAGUUGUCGAAGCUAACGAUGAUGAUGUCAAAGUCAUCUGCCAAACCAAGACGGUUGUGGCAAAGGCAAAUGCUGUCUACCCCAAGGACCCUGAGUUUCCUGAACUUGGUGUCGAUGACAUGACCAAGCUUGCCUAUCUGCAUGAACCAGGGGUUCUUCUCAAUCUAAAGGCCCGGUACAAUGCAAAUGAAAUAUAUACAUACACAGGGAAUAUACUGAUAGCUGUAAAUCCCUUUAAAAGAUUACCACACCUAUACGGAAAUGAUAUAAUGGAACAAUAUAAAGGCUCGGAUUUUGGAGAGUUAAGCCCACAUCCUUUUGCUGUUGCUGAUUCUGCAUACAGAAAAAUGAUCAACGAGGGAGUAAGCCAGGCGAUCUUGGUGAGUGGAGAAAGCGGUGCUGGGAAGACAGAGAGCACAAAGAUGCUCAUGCAGUAUCUUGCAUUCAUGGGCGGAAAAGCUCAGAGUGAAGGACGCUCCGUAGAACAGCAAGUUUUGGAGUCAAAUCCAGUUUUAGAAGCUUUUGGUAAUGCCAAAACCGUCAAAAACAAUAAUUCAAGUCGUUUUGGUAAAUUUGUGGAGAUUCAAUUCAAUCAUAUGGGAAGAAUCUCAGGAGCUGCUAUUAGAACAUAUUUGCUUGAGAGGUCAAGAGUUUGCCAAGUUUCUGAUCCUGAAAGAAACUAUCAUUGCUUUUACAUGCUUUGCGCUGCGCCAGAACAGGAAAUUGAGCAGUACAAGUUGGGGGAACCAAGCACAUUUCACUACCUAAAUCAAUCGAAUUGCUAUUCGUUGAGUGCACUUGAUGAUGCCAAGGAGUAUCUAGCUACGAGGAAAGCUAUGGAUGUUGUUGGGAUUAGUUCUGAAGAGCAGGAUGCAAUCUUCCGGACAGUUGCUGCUAUCCUUCAUCUAGGAAACAUUGAGUUUGAAAAGGGAGAAGAAUCAGAUGCUGCAGAGCCUAAGGACGAUAAAUCCCGGUUCCAUCUGAAAGUGGCUGCUGAACUUUUCAUGUGUGAUGAGAAAGCUCUAGAAGACUCCUUGUGCAAAAGAGUGAUGGUGACUCGUGGUGAAAGCAUUACAAAGUCGCUUGAUCCUGGUAGUGCAGCUCUAAGCAGAGAUGCUCUUGCCAAGAUUGUCUAUUCUAAACUGUUUGAUUGGCUUGUGACUAAGAUCAAUAACUCCAUUGGACAAGACCCAAGUUCAGAAUACAUUAUUGGAGUCCUGGAUAUAUAUGGAUUCGAGAGUUUUAAGACAAACAGCUUUGAACAGUUUUGUAUAAACCUGACAAACGAGAAGCUGCAACAGCAUUUCAACCAGCAUGUGUUCAAAAUGGAGCAAGAAGAGUAUACUAAAGAAGAGAUUGACUGGAGUUACAUAGAGUUCAUUGAUAAUCAAGAUGUUCUCGAUCUUAUAGAAAAGAAACCUGGUGGGAUUAUUGCCCUUAUCGAUGAGGCUUGUAUGUUUCCAAAAUCAACACAUGAUACACUUGCACAAAAGCUAUACCAGACAUUUAAUGGCCACAAGCGUUUCACCAAACCAAAAUUGGCUCGUACAGACUUUACCAUAUGCCAUUAUGCUGGUGAUGUCACUUAUCAGACUGAACUGUUUUUGGACAAGAACAAAGAUUACGUUGUUAGAGAACAUCAAGCUCUCAUGAACUCUUCAGACUGCUCCUUUGUCUCAUCUUUGUUUCCAAAAUUGCGAUUGGAAUCCUCCAACUCAUCAAAGUUCUCAUCAAUAGGCUCUCAAUUCAAGCAACAACUACAAUCUUUACUCGAGACGUUGAACACCACAGAGCCUCACUACAUACGCUGUGUUAAACCAAAUAACGUUCUUAAGCCAGAGAUUUUUGAGAACAUUAACGUUCUGCAUCAACUUAGGUGUGGGGGGGUCUUGGAAGCCAUUAGGAUUAGUUGUGCUGGAUAUCCUACUAGAAAGCCUUUCAGUGAAUUUUUAACUAGGUUCCGAAUUUUAUUCCCGGAGGCUGCAAACAAAAGCUUUGACGAAGUUGAUGCUUGCAAAAAGCUAUUAGCAAAAGUGGAGCUAAAAGGUUUUCAGAUAGGGAAGACAAAGGUGUUUCUUAGGGCAGGUCAGAUGGCAGAACUGGAUGCUCACCGAUCUGAAGCUCUUGGCCACUCAGCUAGGAUCAUACAGAGAAAAGUCCUAACUUAUCAAUCUCGUAAAAAAUAUAUGAUGUUGCAGUCUGCUUCAAGAGAUAUCCAAGCCUUUUGUAGAGGGCGCAUGGCGCGGCUUCAGUUUGAGUCCAUGAGAAGAGAAGCAGCUUCUCUGAGAAUUCAGAAGCAGGCGCGGACGUAUAUAUGUCAAACAGCCUAUAAAAAUUUGUGUAUUUCAGCUGUUUAUAUUCAGACUGAGUUGCGUGCAAUGGCUGCUCUAGUUGAACUUCAGUACAGGAAGAAGAGACAAGCGGCAAUUAUUAUUCAAAGUCAAAUCAGAAGAUGUCUGUGUCGUCGUCGGUAUUUAAGAAUGAAGAAAGCAGCUAUUACCACUCAGUGUGGCUGGAGAGUAAAAGUUGCACGCCGAGAAUUGCGGAAGCUUAAAAUGGCUGCUAAGGAAACAGGAGCCCUCCAAGAAACUAAUACUAAGUUAGAGAAGGAAUUAAAAGAACUCACUUCAAUCUUAGAGCUUGAGAAACAGAUGAGGAUGGAGCUUGAGGAAGCCAAAAAUCAAGAAGUGGAAGAAUUGAAAGCAGCUUUAAAUGAUAUGAAACUUCAGCUGGGGGAAACUCAAGAAACCAAAAGCGAAGAGAUCUUGAAGUUGCAGUCCGCUUUACAGGACAUGCAAUUAGAAUUUGAAGAACUUGCUAAGGAUCUAGAGAUGACGCAUGAUCUUGCCGCAGAAAAUGAAAAUCUCAAGGAGUUGGUGAGCUCAUUACAAAGGAAAACUGAUGAAUCCGAGACCAACUAUGAAGAAACAGGUAAGCAAAGUGAAAAACAAGAGGUUCCCGUCAUUGACAAUGAUGUCAUCAUAAAACUUGAAGCUGAAAAUCAACAACUAAAGGCGUUGGUCAGUUCAUUGGAGGAGAAAAUAGAUGCCUUAGACCGAAAACAUGACGAAACAAGCUCACACAUCACAGAGCAGUUGAAGGAGAGCGCUUCAUCUGAUUAUGAGAUUGUGAGUGAUCUUGCAGCUGAGAAUGAACGUCUCAAGGCACUGGUGAGUUCGUUAGAGAAGGAAAAGGAGGGUGCACACAUGAUUAAAGAAGAGAGUUCAACUGAGGAUAUUGAUAAUGAAAUGACCAAAAAACUUGCUGCUGAAAACAAAGAACUAUUUGAUCUGGUAGAUUUGUUGGAAAAGAAAAUAAUUGAAACAGAGAAUAAGUAUGAGGAAGCAAGUAGACUUUGUGAAGAGAGGCUUCAGAAGGUUGUAGACACAGAGAAUAAGUAUGAGGAAGCAAGUAAACUUUGCGAAGAGAGGCUUCAGCAGGUUGUAGAGGCAGAGACAAAACUAAUCGAGUUAAAAACAUCCAUGCAAAGGCUUGAGGAAAAGGUAUCUGACAUGGAGACAGAAGACAAGAUUCUCCGGCAGCAAGCACUAGCUCAUUCAGCUUCCCGGAAAAUGUCUUCUCAGAUGUCAUUUACAGGACCUCCGCCAAUGGAGAACGGACAUCAUGCAUCAUUGGCUCCUAUACCAUCAAGAAGGUUUGGGACAAUUUCUUUCAGGCGAUCUCGGAUUGAACGACAACCCCAUGAAUACGUUGACGUCCUUAUCAAGUUUGUUUCACAAAAGGUCGGAUUCAGCCAUGGGAAGCCUGUUGCGGCGUUCACAAUAUACAAAUGUCUCAUACACUGGAAAGUAUUCGAAGCAGAGAAGACCAGUAUCUUUGAUCGUAUGGUUCCUGUUUUUGGUUCUGCUAUUGAGAAUCCGGAAGACAAUGAUCAUUUGACCUAUUGGCUAACAAACACAUCUACGCUACUGUUCUUGCUUCAAAGAAGCUUGAAAAACCAUAGCACAAGCAGUGCAAGUCCGAGGUUACCUCCUCAGCCGACUUCAUUUUUUGGUAGGAUGACACAGGGUUUCCGUUCACCCUCUUCGGGAAGCCUUUCAGGAGACGUAGUGCAACAAGUAGAUGCUAAAGUUCCGGCUUUGCUUUUCAAGCAGCAGCUCACAGCUUACGUUGAAACGAUAUAUGGAAUAGUGCAAGAGAAUGUGAAGAGAGAAUUAGAGCCCGUGCUCUUGUCAUGCAUUCAGGGACUGAAAGAUUCAUCAAAUGAGCCCUCUUCAGAUGACUUACCAGCUCAGUCAUCUGAACAGAACUCACCAGCAAAGCCAUCUGAAGAUAAGAUUCCACCAGAAAAGCUGCCUGAAGGUAGUUCACCAGAAAAGCCGUCUGAAGAGGACCCACAUGCAAAGAUAUCUGAAGAGAAUACACCGGCAAAACCAUCAGCAGACAAUGCACCAGAGGAAACUUGGCAAGGCAUCAUAGAUCUAUUGAACCGGCUUCUCGGCACAUUGCAGAAAAACUACGUUCCUCUGUUUCUUGCUCAGAAGAUAUUCAGCCAAACAUUCCAAGGCAUCAACGUUCAAGUCUUUAACAGCCUCAUGCAACAAGAAUGCUGUACAUUCAACAUGGGCAAAAGGGUGGAUGCUUUCUUAAAUGAACUAGAGGCAUGGUGUAGCCUAGCAACUGAAGAGUUUGUAGGGUCUUCAUGGGAUGAACUCAAACACACAAGACAAGCAGUGGUGCUCCUGGUUACAGAACAAAAGUCGACAAUUACAUAUGAUGAUCUUACCACUAACCUCUGCCCGGCUCUUAGUACUCAGCAAUUGUAUAGAAUAUGUACCCUCUGCAAAAUUGAUGACGACAAGGAUCAGAAUGUAUCUCCGGACGUGAUUUCCAAUUUGAAACUUCAAAUUACAGAUGAAGACGAAGACAGCCGUUCGUUCUCGUUAGACAAUGAUUCCAGCAUCCCCUUUGCAGCCGAUGAGAUCUCCAACUGUAUGCAAGAAAAGGAGUUUACCAAUGUAAAGGCAGCGGUCGAACUCGCUGAUAACCCUAACUUCCACUUUCUAAAGGACUGAGACCUAUUUGGUCCGUUCUUCAUCUGACAACUGAAAUUGUACAGUAUUCCUUUACUCCCUCGCACAGAUUUACGCUACGUAGAAUCCUACAGGUUUCGUCAAUAGGGGUUUCAGAGGGCAUCUUGAACUUACGUCUCUCCUGAUUUGAUUCUUACGUGUUCAUUCUCUUCAGGGAGGUUAGGUUAAAGCAGACAAUAUUUUACUUGUGUGGCAAGAAACAUCUCUAUGUACAACUAAUUUUUUGUAAUCGGUUUUUUAACCUUUUUGUUAUUGGAGAAAUAUUGAUAGAGACCCUUACUGGGGGUUCACACACAAUAUUGGCAUUACCAUAUUUUUAAAUUUGUAUGAUUUUGCAUUUUUUUGGUUGUA